CUCUGCAGUAACAGCAUACAGGUAUUACGAGUACAUGUUCGGGUACUCCCGGUGGCGACAUCGGGGUCGAAAAGGGCUCGCCGAGCCGGAGUUAGCGCAGCUGCAGGUGGUGAUCGCCUCUUCGGAGCCCGGCUGCAACGGCUACCCGCAGGUGGCGUCCAGCGAGGCCUAUCAUUUAACCAUAACUGAGCCUGUGGCUGUACUGAAAGCAGACGAGGUAUGGGGUGCUUUAAGAGGUUUGGAAACCUUCAGCCAGUUGGUUCAUGAAGAUGAUUACGGAAGUUUUCUUGUCAAUGCAUCUGAGAUCUACGACUUCCCAAGAUUUGCACACAGAGGAAUUUUGCUUGAUACUUCAAGGCAUUAUUUACCGUUGAAAUCUAUUCUUACAAACCUGGAUGCCAUGGCUUUUAAUAAAUUCAAUGUUCUCCACUGGCACAUAGUAGAUGAUCAGUCAUUCCCUUACCAGAGCGUCUAUUUCCCUGAGUUGAGUAACAAGGGAGCUUACUCCUAUAACCACAUCUAUACUCCUACUGACGUCCAUCUGGUGAUUGAGUAUGCCCGGUUAAGAGGCAUUAGAGUUAUCCCAGAGUUUGAUACCCCAGGACACACGCAGUCUUGGGGAAAAGGUCAAAAAGAUCUUCUCACCCCUUGUUACAGUGGAAAGCAGCCAAGUGGGUCCUUUGGACCUGUAAAUCCCAUUUUGAAUACAACUUAUGACUUCAUGACUAAAUUCUUCAAAGAAAUCAGCAGUGUAUUUCCUGAUGACUACAUUCACCUGGGAGGAGAUGAAGUGAGCUUCGCUUGUUGGAAAUCUAACCCUGAAGUGAAAGAGUUCAUGAAGAAGCAAGGAUUUGGCACUGACUAUGCUAAACUGGAAUCUUACUAUAUACAAAAGAUUUUGGACGUUGUUUCCUCCUAUAACAAGGGAUACAUGGUCUGGCAAGAAGUGUUUGAUAAUAAAGCACAGCUAAAACCAGACACUGUAAUUGAAGUGUGGAUGGGAAACAACUACGUUCAAGAACUGAGCAAUGUCACAGAAGCAGGGUUCACUGCUAUCCUUGCAGCUCCCUGGUACUUAGACUACAUUAGUUAUGGGCAGGACUGGAAGAAAUACUACAGUGUUGAACCACUUAACUUCCUGGGAUCUGAAAAGCAGAAACAACUUGUAAUAGGUGGAGAAGCCUGCCUGUGGGGGGAAUUUGUGGAUGCAACCAACCUCACACCAAGACUAUGGCCUCGUGCAAGUGCUGUAGGGGAAAGACUCUGGAGCAGCAGGAACGUGACUGACUUAAAGGAUGCUUAUAAAAGGCUAUCUAAUCAUCGAUGCCGCAUGCUCAGCCGUGGGAUAGCAGCUGAACCUGUGUUUGUUGGAUACUGCACUCAUGAAGCAAGAGGGAGGUAACUGCUACAAGGACUUCUACUAAAACAACCUGAAGUGCCUCUGAGGUGGGGCUAUGUGUACAUGUGGUUUGAUAUUUAAACUGAGAUCUAAAA